AUGCCUUCGCCGGACGAGGGCCCGGUCAGAAUCUCGACUGCUAGUGAUCAACCUCAAGGCGGGAACUUGAAGACUACCAUCCCUAUUUUACCGUCCAUUGCUUCCUCAGAAGCUGCUUCGAGAGGAGACCCAAUGGAUGUGACGACACCUACAUCAGCUACGAUGAGGCCGCCUGUGCCGACUUAUCACGACAAAGAUCGCGCACAGGAAAGCAAUCACAAUGGCGCUGUCGAAAAUGGUCGGUCGACCAAUGGGACUUCUGCUCCUGGGCCAGGUCCGGGAUUAGGGGCAGCAGCCGCGGCAGCAGCCACCCAACAGCCCAAGGUUGUACAGACGGCGUUUAUCCACAAGCUCUACAAUAUGCUGGAAGACCAAAACAUCUCACACUUGAUUUCAUGGUCUACCUCCGGAGAGAGCUUCGUCAUGUCUCCUUCAAAUGAGUUCUCCAAGGUUCUUGCGCAAUAUUUCAAGCAUACAAAUAUAUCUUCAUUUGUCCGUCAACUCAACAUGUACGGUUUUCAUAAAGUGAGCGACGUGUUCCAAACCGGGUCACCAGAUUCGCCGUUGUGGGAGUUUAAACACGGAAAUGGCAGUUUUCGCCGGGGUGAUCUUAUGGGGUUGAGGGAAAUAAAACGUCGAGCGUCGCGACAUGCAUUGAUCCAUCGGGAUUCAUUCCCCUCUGGCCCUAAAGGAGCUGCAUCACAACCGGGGACACCUGCUGAGCCGAUGCCGGACACCACAGAUGUACGGCUGACCAACCUUGAGCAUUCAAUGUACGAUAUGAGUGCGAGAUUGGCCCGCACGGAAGAAGGCUACGCUUUGAUGACUGCCAAGUGCCAAGCACUUUUCGAUGGGAUCUUGAGAUGCCACCAGUGGAAUAAUGAUCUCUCGCAUGCAAUCAUGGCAUUAGUACCUGACCCCGAACACCAGCUCCGCCGUGACCUUUCAAUGAUGCAAAAAGAAGUUGCUCGGCAGACGGAUCUUUUGCGAAGCUUCGAAGACCCGCACGAAGUCUUAUUGUCCGGCCGGCAACCCUAUUUUUCGAAUAUGACAUUGGAUUCGGCACCGAUUUCGCCACGGCAGCUCGCACAAGAUGAUCCGCGGAGAUCCUCAAUCGCCGGCAACGGACGACCAAGCUUCUUCCGGGCUCCCAUGCCGCCCCACCUAGCUGCCUCACCUCGUCGCUAUGGAUCUAUCAGCAACUCGGCGUCAUCAGCUACGCUCCGACCGUAUGUGCCUCCUCCGCCUCCUCCGCCUCACGCAAUGCUGGGGCCGGGCCCCUCAAAUCCCUUAAUAACCACAUCCUCCCCGCCUGCCAACCUCUCACGUCGUCAUACUUCUGCCGAUAUACGUCUUCACGGUUGGCAAGCGCCGCCUCCUGGAAACUCUCCUUUUGCUUCUGGUCAUUCCUCCACGCAAUGGCCAUCUUCGCCCCAGCGAACACCAAAUCAUGGCGACCAACAACUCCGUGAUGCGCUAGCAUCCUAUGAGAUCCGUGCACCCCGCCCUCCGGGUUCUAGACAGGCUACGCCGCCCUUGACAAAUGACACGACGCCCUCGACUCUGAGCGUUGACAGCGCGUGGUCCCUCGGGGCGCCACGAUACCCCCUCAAAGCGACCGAUACGCCGGGACCGCCAACUCGGCGGUCAAGUAUGGCUUCGAAUGUGCAUUCGCUUCUCAACCCAACCGAUACCAUGGAGAGAGACGAGGACGAGGCAGCGAAUGAGGAUCGAAAGCGCAAGCGAUUACAAUAA